GGGAAGUUUCGAAACAGAUAACUACAGAAGUAACGAACAACCAAACAUGAAUCCUUCGUCGCUAUGUUCUCUUCAAACAUUCCCGCCAAUAUCUCACUCCGCAUUGCUUUACCGCCACCGCAAACCGGCGCAUGAUAGCACCGCCGGCGUAAGGCGGAGAGCUCCAUACGUAGUUUGUGCUGAAAGAAGUAGCAGAGCUUCCACGCGAAGCGCUGAUGAUUACCAUGCCACUCUUAAAGCUCUCAAAUCCAGAGGCCGAUUCCCCAGAAAAUCUCUUGGCCAGCAUUAUAUGUUGAAUUCUGACAUAAAUGACCAACUUGCUGGUGCGGCCGGUAUUGAACAAGGCGAUGUCGUGUUGGAAAUUGGACCUGGAACUGGCUCCCUGACUAAUGUUCUUUUGAAUUCGGGAGCAUACGUACUUGCAGUUGAAAAGGAUAAACACAUGGCUGCCCUUGUGAGUGAAAGAUUUUCAAGUUCAGGAAAGUUGAAGGUUUUGACCGAGGAUAUUGUCAAGUGUCAUGUGCGCUCUCAUAUGUCAUCAUUGGUUGGAAGCACAUAUUCAAAAUCCAGAAAUGCCAAAGUGGUUGCUAACAUUCCCUUUAAUAUCAGUACAGAUGUGAUCAAAUUAUUUCUUCCGAUGGGUGACAUUUUCUCAGAAGUGGUUCUAUUGCUCCAGGAGGAGACUGCUGUCCGCUUGGUAGUGUCAUCACUCCGCACCCCUGAGUAUCGUCCCAUCAAUGUAUUUGUUAAUUUCUAUUCAGAGCCGGAGUACAAAUUUAAAGUCCCAAGAACCAAUUUUUUCCCUCAGCCUAAUGUUGACGCAGCUGUUGUCUCAUUCAAGCUGAAGCUACCGUCAGAAUAUCCCCAUGUUUCUUCCACGAAAAGCUUCUUUUCAAUGGUUAAUUCAGCAUUCAAUGAGAAGCGUAAGAUGCUGCGCAAGUCACUUCAACACAUAUGCACAUCCCUUGAGAUCGAAGAAGCUUUAACAAGCAUAGGUCUUCUAGCUACUUCAAGACCUGAGGAACUAACAUUGGAUGAUUUUGUUAAGUUGCAUAACUUGAUAGCCAAAGAGUAGCAAUCUGGAUUACUGUGGAUUUGAAGAGCAACCUCAAGCAGAAGCCCCUAGAGAUUCACAUAUUCAUAAAGCUCUUUGUUGCAGGAAUACAUACGAUUCAAAUAGAGAACCAACGUUUCAAGAACUAUGAAGUGGCAUAUCAGAUUGGCGAUAUAUUAAAUUCCCAACAGUUUUCUCCUUCCAACUAUCAAGGUUUUAAGCACGGGCAUGUGUUCAUAUCUGAAAAAAAAUUUGCGCUUAACUUGUUCUGUGAAUAUAAUUAGAGUGGACUGAAUCAGCCACCCUAUAUUGUAAAUGAAGAGCAGUCUAUUCUUGAAGCUGAAACAAAUGUUUGCCUGGUCUUCAUCGGAAAAUGAGCACACGUUUUAUGGUUUGAAUAUUAUAAA